CCGACACAAAAGCCGCGGCAGAGGCCCGGAGAGGCUGGCAGAGGCCGUGGGGGGUGGACUUCACGGGCGGGUGUCGUUCGUAGUCGUGUUUUAUUUCUGGUUGGUGUCUCGCUUGGGUAGACUGGAUCCCUAAGUUACAUAAAGUGUCAUGCGCACUUACAGAUACCGGAAACAAUCGUACCAUCAUGUAGCAGAGUGCACCUUUGAAUAACUAAGUUCCAAUCGUCGGUAAAAACCAUGGGACGAACCCAUUUUUGUAAAUACCUAAAUCUAAGUGAUAUAUUGUUGGAGUAUACCGUUGUAGGACACUACUUAUAACAUCAUAAUGCCUAAUGAUUCUAUUGUACUAUGCCAUUUGCAUAACCAUAUGACUAUUGCAAUAUUUUGUGCUGGUCACCAGUAGGAGUGUUGCAGUCAGCCAGUGAUUGUGAUAAGAAGCGUUGUCACCAUGGUCAGGGGUGGCCACCAGUGGUCCAACAUACCCUCAAAGCACACUAGACACAUGUUUUUUUCUUGGAGUUGAUAUGCUGUCAGUAAAUGCUGAGCUGCAGGCUGCUGUGGUCCUCAACAAAGCAGCAAGCUACAUGCAUUAAUUGUCCUGGCUGAAGAACACUGGUAAUAAAUACAACUGUUCAAUGCUAAUGAUUUAAUGGUAUUUGCCCACAAGAUGGCAUGCUUAAAUGAUGACACAUUCAGCAUGCAGUUGGGAUAUCAGGUCACAGGUAGUUGGGUGAAUGCCAAUAAAUUGCACUAGCAGUGAUGGGGCAAUGAUUGGUUUACAGAAAUUGGGUGUAUGUCUGCAGGGAUAUGAUGUUAUGGCUUUGGUUUAGGGCAAGUUUGCGGGUAGAGUUGGGUAUUGGAGUUGUUUAAGGCUGGAUUGGGUUGGUAUUUAAGUAACGAUGGUUUAUUUUUUAUCUAUUUGCAUCGUGGGCAUCUUCAGGCUUGUUCUUUGUCUUGUCGGGCUUCUUAUGUGAAUGUUAUUUGGUUGGUUUUUGUGUAUCAGCUAUAAAAGCUAUUGGUGGCACUGGCUGGCCUUGACUGUAUAGCAGGUGUGCUGGGAGGCUGGGUGGAGCAGAUGAUGCAAUGGCUGCUGUAUUGCCAUUAUUGCACCAUGUUUUACCCAAAUAGAACUGUUUUGCAUGGUGAAGAGGCCAGUUUAUGAUCAUGGAAAGCACUGAAUGUUAAUUUCCUUUUAGGUGCAGCUCUGGGCUGCAGUUUUGUGUAGGGCUGACCCAAGAAAAAAUUUCAUACUGAAAUCUUUGAACCAUUUGCAACCUAUGUGAUGCCUACACCAGCAAUGUGUUGCAUGAUAGGGAAACCUUGCCUCCAAUCUUUCCCAUGCAUGCCGGUUGUGCUUACAUAAAACCAACCAUGCUUAAGUAUUAAGCAACAACAGGUGUGUGCAGCAUUAUUCUUUGAUGCAAUGGGUUGUGUGAUCUCAGACAUGUAUCAUUCAAUAAACACCUGGUUCCCAGUUUGGUGCUAAAAAAACUGUCUCUAACAUGGACCAUGCAACACUAUGGUGUGAUCAGUUGGCAAUUGUACCCUUUGCCUAAAAUUUGUUCAGUUCUUUUAGUAUUAUGUUGUAUUAUGGGGGUAAUAUAGCAUAUGGGCGCUGCUUUCAGGUUGUCUACACCCACCGGAGGGCGUGGCCAUGCCCGGGCGACGAUUCGUCGGUUUCGAUGUGGCAUCUGACAGUGAUGUGUCGCCCUGCUGGCGGUGGCUGCCACUGCUGACCUAUGUGCUGCUGAUGCUGUUGAGCAUGGCUGCCUCACGGGCGGUGGGUACCACGGUGGGCCACUUCCACGGUCAGUGCCCACUGUACGCGGUACCGCGCGUCAGCGCCUUCGACGGCGUCAACGUGACGCUCAACGAGCGGGCGUCCGACCCGGGCCGCUCCAGCUGGGGCGACGCGCACGUCUGCGACAUGGCUGAGUUCUUCCCCAUCUUCGUCAUCAUCUUCUCCGCGUCCUGGUUCUUCUUCUUCUGCAUGUGCGGCAAAGGUGGCAAAGGCUCGGCGGAAGGGUUCGGCAUGAACAGUCCGUGGCGCAUUGUCUGUCCGGGACUGGUGUUUAACCUGGUGCUGACGCUGGCUGCGCUGGUGUGCGGCGUCUGGACGUCGGGCGGCGUGCAUGUGUUCUGCCAGAGUCUGGAGCAGUCCGGCUUCGGCCUCUCUUGUGCAAAACUCAACGGUCUACGGUUUCCUGAGUAUCCGGAAGUAUCACAGCUCCAGUUGUGGUUCACCAUUGCUGAGGUGUGCUCCUGGCUGGUGUUCUGCGGCCUGCUGUUCGUCACCCUGCUGCUGGCGCUGCGCUGCUGCUGGCGGCCGGACCUGACUCCGCGGUUAUCACUGGCGGUCGGCAAUCGCCUGAGAGCACCUUGGCAGCCGGCGUCGGAUGACGGUUCUGCGGAGCGAGCUUCAACGCCAGCAGCAGCGGCAGUCGUCCUGAUCCGACCUCGACCGUCGGACCAGAAGCUGCUAGAUGGCGUCAGUAGAGAGCCCGCCCAGCCGCGCCUCCGACCACCGGGCUGAAAAUAAUCAGAGUGGCCACACCACGGCCGGACAAUUCUGCGGUCCUGCUUGAAGAGAGGAGGGGAGGAAGUCUUGCAGGCGGUGCCUCCAAGGCGGGGCUGCGCUGGUGGGUACGGCCGGUGCCGGUCACGUCUCACCAUCGCUCUGUUCACUUGGGGCCGGCGAUUGUAGUGCAGACCAGCAGCACGCCAACCGCCCCCAGCAUUCCUGAGCAGGGAAGACACGUCAGAACUCCACCAGCGCUGAGAGUGUCGUCUCGCACGCAGAUCAGCAUCAUGCCCACCGCCCCCAGCAUUCCUGAGCAGGGAAGACACGUCAAAACCCCACCAGCGCCGAGAGUAUCGUCUCGCACGCAGAUCAGCAGCAUGCGCACCGCCCCCAGCAUUCCUGAGCAGGGAAUACACGUCAAAACCCCACCAGCGCCGAGAGUGUCGUCUCGCACGCAGGUCAGCAUCAUGCCCACCGCCCCCAGCAUUCCUGAGCAGGGAAGACACGUCAAAACCCCACCAGCGCCGAGAGUGUCGUCUCGCACGCAGGUCAGCAUCAUGCCCACCGCCCCCAGCAUUCCUGAGCAGGGAAGACACGUCAGAACUCCACCAGCGCCGAGAGUGUCGUCUCGCACGCAGGUCAGCAUCAUGCCCACCGCCCCCAGCAUUCCUGAGCAGGGAAGACACGUCAGAACUCUACCAGCGCCGAGAGUGUCGUCUCGCACGCAGGUCAGCAUCAUGCCCACCGCCCCCAGCAUUUCUGAGCAGGGAAGACACGUCAGAACUCCACCAGCGCCGAGAGUGUCGUCUCGCACGCAGGUCAGCAUCAUGCCCACCGCCCCCAGCAUUCCUGAGCAGGGAAGACACGUCAGAACUCCACCAGCGCCGAGAGUGUCGUCUCGCACGCAGGUCAGCAUCAUGCCCACCGCCCCCAGCAUUCCUGAGCAGGGAAGACACGUCAGAACUCCACCAGCGCCCAGAGUGUCGUCUCGCACGUUCGCACUGACGUCAUUGAGCCCUCGCUCGACGAGAGGUUGCCUGAUUACGCUUUCCCAGAAUACAUUCACAUUGACACACGUUCUUACCUUGACUGUUCAUGCUCCUCGCUAACAUGACCUCGAGAGGUCAUGUUAGCGACAUGUUACUGAGAAGUGGCUCGCGCAUUCCAUGCAGAAAAUGGACGUCAAAGAGUUUUACUGGACCUAUUUCCUUCAUAUUACCUCUUUGACGUGCAUUUCUUUAGUUCUGACUUCAAAAAUCAAGUCACCAAAGCUCACUAAAGGUCAAUAUUCACCUUGGCGACGAUAUUUUGCCUUUUGAAAGACGUGCGAUUUUAAUUCAAGGUGCACAUAUUGUGCAACUUUGGAAAGCCUUCCUGAUGAGAUUUCCCCCCAUUGAUGUGCCUUGUUUAGUUCUCUGAAUGCUGGACGAGCCAAUGUAAAAACAGCUUUCACCUCUUUUACCUGACCUGACAUCACAGGUCGCUUCUGUCAAUGCCCAUUGGUUCCCUCUAAUAGUUUUCCAAUAACUAUUCAACACCACGUUCUGCAUUGUCGUGUAAUCCUCAGUUUUUAAGAAAGCAGGAUGGGUCUAUAAAAGUGUUAAGUUGACCUCUGACUUGAUUCGACUAGUCAAAAGUCACGUUCACCAUUGUUCAGUAACAACUAUCUGAUCCAGGUUGAUGACAGCUUUUCACUGCCGUUUUCUUUGUGACUCUAGCUUGCUUACUUUUUUAUUGGGGAGGGGCUGUUAGCACCCUUGCAGGGCGAAUGCAGGAAACACCCUUGGAAUCAGAAUUACAUCCUACCCUUGGCCUUUAAAAGCACCACGUGGCAUCGGCAGA